GUACGUUAUUUUGGACACACCUGGUCAAAUUGAAGUAUUCACUUGGUCAGCAUCUGGAAGUAUUAUCACAGAGGCUCUUGCGUCUUCAUUUCCUACAGUGGUUGUGUACAUAAUGGACAUUUCACGCAGUGUCAGUCCCGUCACAUUUAUGUCCAACAUGCUCUACGCCUGCAGUAUCCUCUACAAGACUAAGUUGCCAUUUAUUGUUGUGAUGAACAAAACAGAUAUUGUGAGCCAUGAAUUUGCAGUGGAAUGGAUGACUGACUUUGAGACUUUUGAAGAAGCCUUACAGAAUGAAACUUCAUACGUUUCAAACUUGACAAGGUCUAUGAGUUUAGUCUUGGAUGAAUUUUACACUAACCUUAAGGUAAAUCAGAGUUUACUUCUUCAAUGUACAUCUUCGUCAUUAUCAUCAUAUGACCUUUUUUUCCCAUGUUAGCAUGGGUUGCAUGGU